UGUGAACAUGGAGCAAUUUGCCACAGUUUGAGUUUACCUGCAGCACGGACACUCACGCACUUUACUUCACAUUUUUGUACCGGCGGACCUCUCUCUCUCAGUGGGUCUAACAGGGAUGAUACACACCCAGCAGACUGUGAUGGCAGCGUUAGGACAGGAGGCUCUUCUCAACUGUUGGCUCACACAAUCCAAAGAUGUUCUUCAAGUUACCUGGCAGAGGCUUUUGCCUGAUGGGGAAACAAAUCUUGCCACUUACAACAAAAAGUUUGGAGCCAAAGUCAAUCCUCCCUUUCAGGGUAAAGUGGACUUUGAGUCUGUCGGACUGCAGAACUGCUCCAUCGUCAUCAGGAAGGUGACGACGCAGGACGAGAGCUGCUAUCGCUGUUUGUUUAACACCUAUCCUGAUGGAGCCCUCACUGCCCGCACCUGCCUGACAGUCUAUGAGCAGUACGAGCCCGUCCUGCACGUCCGCAGGUCAAACUCCUCUGAAGAGCCUCUUGUGUCCUGCUCGGCCACAGGACGUCCAGCUCCAGCAGUAACACUGGUCCUCCCCGAACGGGACCUCAACUCUUCACAGAGCAACACUGUCUGGGUCACCAACCCCAACGGUACAGUCACUGUCACUGCCACCGCUACACUGUCAGGUUUCCAUGGUAACGGCACUCGGGUCGGCUGUGAGGUGCGACUGUCCUCUGGAGCUGUGAGGAAGUUGUUUACAACAAUCCCCAAAGACAAUCAGAGCUCAGCUGCUGGUUCAGAAAUCGAGUCUGGAAUGGAUGAGGGAAGCUUCAGUGUCACUGUGAUCAGUGUGGUGACUGCUGCUGUUGUGGCUGUAGUCAUCAUUGUUGCAGUUGUCUGCAUCAUCUUAAUCCGGAAAAGAACAAAAAACAGACAACAAGAAGACAAGAAAAAGACACCAGUGACUCUCAAGAAGAUUGAUGUACCUUUGAUCGCACAGGAGAAUCAACAGAUGAGACAUCUUCAACACAUCGGACUCGACUGAACUGACUGGAUUUAAGCUGUGUGUGUGUGUGUGUGUGUGUGUGUGUGUGU